AAAGUGGGUUGCCACUUAUUGACCAUUGGAAAAAUGCGGGGUCCAAGUUGAGAGCAUUUGAGAACCCCCGGUCUCGGGCACCACAUCGGGUUGCUGCCAGCCACCGUAAACGAGUUUAUCAUUUAUGUAGAAUGUAAUAUUGUACAAAUCAAAUGAAAUAUAAUAAUAUACCGCACUGCCUCUACGAAUGUGAUAAGAAAAAGAGCGUAAAGAAGUCCUGAAGCGUAGUCACACCCAGUCUUCCCCAUCAGCUAUCUUAUCCAGCCCCUCCACACUCUCCGCAGUAGUUUCCCCUGCAUCUGCAGCCUAAUCAGGUGUGCUUCCCUCAUUGGCUGCAGGACGUACACGGGCGUGGUCUACGUAAUAUCACCACGCCCCCUGCGCUCGCCUUGCUUGACAGGAGGGAAAAAAAAGUCAAGUCAGGAGCGCGCUGGCGGUCAGUCACUGCACACUGGUGGAAAAAUAUGAUCCCGACAGGAGCUCAUCCUGCGCUCCAGCUCUUAGGACAACUAGACUAGACUAGACUAGACUAGACUAGACGACUAAUUCCAAGGCUGGUCUUUGUACAAGUAUUUCUUCCCCCUCUCCGUUUUCUUUCUCGCUGUCACUUUGCGCCAGAAAAUGUGCGUGGACGGCGAUGGAUGCCAGCUGGAAGCCUGCAGCAGUUCCGAUGAGGUGCGCACGCUGUCGGGCAGCAUGAGCCCGGCGCUCAAAUCCAACCCGGACCUUCACGCCUGCAAACCCGGGCAGAAAUUUCGCGCCGCGCUGCUCCGGUGCCGCUCACCGGCUGCCGCUGCUGGGAUCCUCAGUUUUGGGAACGUCCUCAAUUACAUGGACAGAUACACUGUAGCUGGCGUGGCGCAAGACAUCCAGAAGCAUUACGAGGUGUCUGACAGCGGAGUUGCCUUGUUGCAAACAGUGUUCAUCUGCAGCUUCAUGGUGGCGGCUCCCAUCUUCGGUUACCUGGGCGACCGCUUCAACAGGAAGGCCAUCCUGAGCUGUGGCAUUUUCUUUUGGUCGACCGUUACGCUGCUGAGCUCCUUCAUCAGCGAAGACUACUACUGGCUGUUUGUGCUCUCCAGGGGACUGGUGGGCAUCGGGGAGUCCAGCUACUCCUCCAUCUCCCCCACCAUCAUAGGAGACUUGUUCACUAAUAAUAGACGCACCAUGAUGCUCUCUGUCUUCUACCUGGCCAUCCCCCUGGGAAGCGGAUUGGGUUACAUCCUGGGCACCAGUGCCAAGGUAGCUGCAGGAGACUGGCACUGGGCACUCAGGGUGUCUCCAGUUUUGGGCAUGACUGCAGGAACUCUGAUCCUGCUCUUUGUGCCCGAGCCAAAGCGAGGAAGCGCCGACCAGAUGGGAGGACGCAUGAAGACGAGCACGUCGUGGCUGUGUGACAUGAAGGCGCUCGCUAAAAAUCGGAGCUACGUGUUCUCCUCCAUGGCGUCUGCGGCCGUGUCCUUCGCCACGGGUGCGUUCGGGAUGUGGAUUCCCAUUUACCUGGCCAGAGCUCAGGUGGUGCAGAAGACCGCAGAGCCGUGCGGCACCAAAGAGAUCUGCAGCAGCACAGAGACGCUCAUCUUCGGGGCCAUCACCUGCGUCACGGGCCUGUUGGGCGUGCUCAUCGGGGCCGCCACCACACGCCUGUGCCGCCAGAAGACAGAGCGAGCGGACCCGCUCGUGUGCGCCGUCAGCAUGCUGGGCUCGGCCAUCUUCAUCUGCCUCAUCUUCGUGGUGGCAAAGAAGAACAUCACAGGCGCUUACGUUUGCAUCUUCAUAGGAGAGACGCUGCUCUUCCUGAACUGGGCCAUAACGGCCGACAUUUUAAUGUUUGUGGUAAUUCCCACGCGGAGGGCAACAGCGGUGGCGUUUCAGAGCUUCACCUCUCACCUCCUGGGUGAUGCAGGAAGUCCGUACCUGAUAGGCUUGAUCUCCGACGGCCUGCGUGAGAGCUACGCUACGUCGGCACUGUGGCGCUUCCUCAGCCUGGGCUACGCCCUCAUGCUGUGCCCCUUCAUCAUCGUCCUGGGCGGCAUGUUCUUCCUGGCCACCGCGCUCUUCUUUCUGGACGACCGAGACAAGGCGCAGAACCAGUGUCAACGCAGUGAAGAAGCAGCAGCCAACACGGACGACGACGUGGAGUUGGGGAAAAAAAGAAGCAAAGAUUUUGACACCACACCCACGCCAGCCACCUUUGAACGUGCCGGUUGAGGCAGCUCCUAACCGGACACGAGGGAGCGUCUUGCCCCUUCCUGGAGACGCCUUUCGAAAUCCCAAGCUGGUGAGAAGGCGACAGCUGGCGUCCUCCUCACCUCUGUGAGGAUCCACUGAACCUUCGAGGGAGGAGGCGACCCCCACCGUCCCCCGCCCUCCUCCGUCCCCUGAUGCCAUACUACUGAAUGCUGACCAUGAACCUGACCUUUCUGUCUUUGUGUGUGUGCUUGUCGUCCGUGGGCUGUCAGUCUGCACCAAGUGCCAUAGCGUCAUUACAUUCCUCCUCACUUUGCACUGACAUCAUCGUCACUGACUUACGUUUGCAUGCAUGACUCAGCCUUCCACAGCAGCAGAAACACUGCAAACAGCCAAUUAACUUCAACAUCAUUUCCUCAUCUCAAGCCUGUAAACCAGGGGUGUCCAAACCUUUUCCAACCAAGAGAAACGUAACAACUUUGUAUUUGCAGAAAAACUAAAUUCGUGAAAAUCGAUCCAAUAUUGUUGAAAACAUACAAAAUAGUGGCCAAUGCAUUUUCUUUUCUUUUUUUUAAUCAAAAUUCAUUUAAUAAAUUUCCUGACUAUCAAAAUACUAUAAAAAUGUUAUCCACAGUCGGUCAGUACAUUUUUUUGAUUGGACAAAGCCACAUACAGUAGACAAUGGAUUACAUAAAAACAAUUAAAUAGAAUUGUAACAAAAAGCUAAUCAUUUCUGGAUAGUGUCAUUUUUUUUGCUAGUCCAGUAAAAAAAAAAAAACAAUUAUAACGUUUUUAAAUUUGCCUUGUAUUUUAAAUUAUUCUUAAAUAUCCAAAUCGAGGCAAAUCCUUAUUUUUUUACACAGUAAAAAACUUUUUUCCUACAUUUUCUGAUAAUCCAAAUAAUCAAAUAAAAAUGCUAUCUAGGUCAAUGACUUUUUUCAGUGAUUUUUUUAUUUAUUUGAUUUUUGGAAAAAGUCUAAUAUUAUAUCAGAUGAUGGAUUAAUCUUUUCAAGUUUUUAAUCUGCAAUUGUAAAUAAAUAAUAAGAAUUUCUGGAUAAUAUUCAUUUUAUUUUUGUUGGUCAAUUAAAGUCAAUUCUAAUUAUCUAAUUUUUUUUUAAGUUCUUAAGUUUGCAGUUCUUAAGUUUUAAAAAUUUUUACAUUGUAAAAAAAAAUUCAUAAGUGUCCUAAUUAUCCAAAUACUAUAUAAAAUAUCAUGUUGGUCAAUACAUUCUUUUCUGUGAUAUUUUAAAUGUGGAUUUUUGGACAAAUCCAAAUAUUAUUGUAGAGAAUUAUUUUUGUAAUCUACAAUUGUACAAAAAAAUUUUAGUUUCUGGAUAAUCUUUUUUUUUUUUUUGGAAGCCGUUUUAUUUCGGGAACAAAAAAAUCCUAUUAAUCAACCAAUCGGAGCAAAAAUGAUGUUCUGAUGCCAGCUGUUUUUAAUGUUUUUGUUUGUUUGUUUGUUUUAAACAUGCCGCAGGCCGACAAAAAAAACGAGCUGCGGGCCACAAAGGACCCCCAGGCGGACCUUUGGACACCACUGCUGCAAACAGACCAAAGCUGCAAACUGCAUGUGGAGCGAGUGAUUGAACUAAAGUCUGCUCUGUUGAAUAUGACACGAAGGGCCAAGCGUAAAGACGUCUCAUGCGGUCUUGCCGUGACGGCGGCGCAAGCGCGGCUGUGCCGUGUGUGCAAACAGAGUCUCGCCAAGAAGUGUUGCUGCGCAUGAGUCCGUGAAUCGGCCUUAAAGCGCUCCCGUUCCACAGCCAGCUGUUUCCGUUAAGCCUCACGCGCAUCCCAUUGAGCUUUGAGCACUUAAAUCAGCGUCAGACGGUGCCAGAGAAUAUGACCGAAAUUCUGCAAGUUAUUUCCCACGAGGUUUAUUGUCAUUUCUUUUUUAACUCUUGUGAGGUCUGAACGUUGGUUUCUGAAUAUCUUAAAAAAAAAAGGACACUGGAUUAUAUAUAUAGAUAUAUAUAUUCAUAAUUUAUAGUAUGUAUAUGUUUUUUUCCCCUAAAAGUAAUUGAAAUACUAUUCUAGUGACUUGGGGAUGUUUAAAGGGGUGUUUUGAUGUAUAUGAGCAGCAAUACUUUUUUUUUUUAUCUUCCCUGGAAGCUUUUUAUCCACACUGCCUUAUCAGUGAGCUGGCUUUCUCCCUCUCUGAUGCUUGGUUUCACGUUUCUGGACACGUACCCUCACUGAGACUCUUUUUAAAGAUAGAUUUCACUGAACACAAUAAGAGGUAUUGUGUGUUUUUGCCGGUGUAUGAGGUUGAAGCGGAAACGUCCUUUUGAAAACAUGCAAUUAAGCUCAAAUGAAGCCAAAUUUGACUGAAACCUUAAAGCCACUAGUAGGAGGCCCACGUUUUGAAACAGGUGCAUAAAAGAGAGGAAAAAGCACUUUUUAAGCUUGUAAGGAGAUACAGUACUCGGAUGAGUUGAGGAAUAAGAGACACCGAGCGAGUCCUUGUAGCACGGAUGUGUGUGUCGGAUGAUUAGCUUCUCUGUUCACACACAUGCGUCCUCUUGAAUGAAUGAACUAAGCUUCUUCUUACCUUCCUUUCAUUGGUUUUAAUGCUACCAAAUGUGUCAUGAAUUCUAUUAGAGAUAUAAAUAUAUAGCUAUAUCAUGCAGCAAUGGUAAUAUAAUGUAAAGUCACGGCUUGGAUGCAAUGUAUUUAUUUGUGUGAUACCAUAAUGAUGAUUCUUCUGUAAAGGGAUUGUUUUUUUACACUUUGUUUUAUGUCAGUGGAGUUUCUUCUUCCUUUUCUAUCUCCAUGAAAACACGCCACAGUAAGCUUAUGUCACACAUUUACACACAGAAGGAACUGCAACGUGAGGCUUCAUUUUGUAGCUUUUCUAUUAUGUUUUCUUGAACCGUUUUGCACAUUUAAUGUUCAGGGAUUUAUUUAGCCGUUUAGUUUCCGCCUCCGCUCCGGAGGUGGUCAUCAAGCCACCGAGUUGGUCAUGAAUUGACUUGCCAAAUUGAGCUGAUCAAGCACCGGUCCUUGCAUAUGUAUUGUCUGUUUGUACCCAGUAAAUCAAUGUUGAUCAUCACUGAAGUGAUGUACGGAGAAUGUGCUAUGUUUCUUGUCAUACAAGAGUGCUGUAUAUAAAGAAACCUAUCCUAUUUCUGAUGUUUGAGCAGAAAACACUGAGGUUAUUUUUAUUUUUAGGCACAAAAAGACGUGUGAACUGAUAUUAUUCUAGAACGGAACUGUGAUGCUCCCCCGCCUUCCCGUCAAGGGUUGAUUCAAAAUGUACACAUCUGUAAUUUCAAAUAAACCUACAGUAUUUAAUCAUCUCACACUUGUGUCAGUUACUCGUUUG